CGACCUCUGACGACUUUUUAUACCCACGCUAUCACUGUUCUUUCUCUCUUUCAUUACAAACUACUAUCUGCAGCCAUAUCUCGACGACUUCGACGACUUCGAACGACUGAGUCGGCUGCAACAACACUAAAAGCUCGAGCAGGCAAUGGUGCGAAGUCGAAGUCCUGGACGUCAUCUUGGCACCCUUCUCUUGCUAUCCUCAUAUCUCUGGGAGCGCGGUCGGACGAGUUAUACGGCAGUAUCUAGAUGGGGUCAAGCUGUUGCAGUCGUAAAUGAUGCAUUCUUUGUUUAUGGCGGACACACCGAUCCCUACGAUCAAUACUCCUACACUUCCGCUCCCUGGUCUAACGACAUCCUAUACCUCUCCCUCUCCUCGACUUCUUUCGACCCAAACUCACCACCAUGGGAAUACGUUGGUGGCUCAUCCAAUACCUCCUUACCACAAGGUCCCGCCCUCUCCUGGCACACCCUCUCCGCCUUCACCAUCUCCUCCAGCCUCGUCUUCGGCGGCAACACCGGCCCCAACUCCGACCAAGUCCUCCUUUCCCAAUCCGAUUCCGCUCUUCUCCUCAACACAUACGACCGUCUCACGCCGAGCUGGACGGACGAAUCGAACGGAUGGGCAAACGAGCCUCAACGCCGGAUGCGACAUUCUGCGAGCUCGACGGGGGGUAAGAUCUAUAUCGUGGGUGGCGAGAAGGCGGAUGGGUCGAUGACUGGGUUCGGGGACCAUUAUGUGUUCGAUCCGAAUGGACCUCAGUUCACGCAACUUCCGACGACGAAUGGUCCCCCGGAUAUCUAUGGACAUGCGUCGAUCGUGCUCCAGGACGGCCGACUGCUCGUUUUUGGAGGAUACAGCCAGAGUGAGGGGAGGCUUGUGCCAUUCAGUACCGUUUGGGCUCUGGACACGACGCAGUCAAGCUAUGAGUGGGAACUUGUUGAGAUCGAUACGUCUAGCUUGCCGGGUGCGAGGAUGUCGUUUGCGGCGACUUUGCUCCCGGACGGUAGGAUCGUGAUUCAGGGCGGAUGCGAUUCGGCCUUUCAGAAUAACUAUAGUGACGGUUGGAUACUCGAUACGUCCUCAAGUCCGAUGGUUUGGAGCUCGGUGGGCGCGUUAUCUGAGCUGGGAGGCAGACGAGACCAUUUUGCGAUCACGGCGGGGGACCAGGUCAUUUUCGGCUUUGGUUACGCAGCGAACGGACCCGCAGACUCGGAUCUCCAUAUCUGGAACCCCGAUUCUGGGGCCUGGCAGCCGACUUAUACUCCCGUGACGUCCGUCCCAACACAGACGCUUCCUUCGCCCACGCAGACAGGUGGAUCUGGUGCGACGACGACCGGUGGAUCGGGAUCGCAGACGACGGGUACGGGCGGGAGUGGUGGUGGGGGAAAUACCUCUGGUGCCGCGGGGUCGACUGGAGCUGGGGCUGGGACUGGGACUGGGACGUCGGGUGCUGCUGGGUCGACUGGGACUGGAACUGGAACGGCAGGCGGGGGAGGAGGAGGUGGCUCAGCGACGGGAUCGAAUGGAGUCGUGCCUACUAGCACGAGCACGGGUGGCGGUGGCGGUGGCGGUGGGAACGGGAACGGAAAUGGUGGAGAUCCAGCAAGUUCAUCUUCCCGCACACGACACACAACAGCCAUAGUCAUCGGCACCGUCUUUGGAAUCAUCGGUCUCGUGCUCGGCGCUUUACUCAUCUACUGGUUUCUCCGACGCCAUCGUCAACGGAAGGGCCCACUUCAUCUUUUCAGUCCCUUGGACAAUCCCGAUCGCGAUGAGGAGGAAGGCGAGUCACCGCAAUCGCCGCAUGUUCCUUAUGGGAUCCCGAUGGCCGGCGCGGCGGAUGCGAAUCGUGGGGCUGAGGCGGAGGGAGAGAAGAGGAGGUUUUCGGCGGAGAGGUUGCUUCCUGGCCCGUUGCGCGUUUUGGCGGCGGUGGGGAUCGGGAGGAGGCAGGCAUCGACUGGUGUGAGAAGGGAGAGGAGGGACAUGUUGGCGGAUGAGGACAGGAGUUUUGUGUGGAGCGAGGGGAGUCGUAGUGGGCGGAGUGGAAGGAGCGGGAGGAGUGGCAGGAGGUCGAGGAUCGAGAGGGAGGGAAGUGGGGGCAGUUCGAGUUAUAGAGGAAGUACGAGGAGCGCGAGCGCGAGGCUGAAGGGGACGUUCGCGGGGAUGGUCAGUGGGUCUUGGGCUUCAUUUAAGGCGCUUGGGCUUGGACGAGGAGGGGGCAGUGGGAAGUCGAGGGAUGCGAGUGGGGCGAGUGAGUGGGAUGAGAAGUAUGGAGGGGAGAUGUUUUCGGACGAGGUGGCGCUGAUCACGGAACCGCUUCGCAAUUUAGGGGAGGAAGGGGACACAGUGGAGAGGCCGAGGGGUGGAUGGAGGACGUCGACUCAUGAGAAGAUGCCAUCAGGGUCUUUUGGGCCGUAUACGGAUCCGUUCGCGGACCAGGACGCAGAGUUCGAGCUUUUACAUGAUGCUGGGUCAGAGAUGGACAGUGAGGAUGGAGCCAGCAGUAGCGUUGUCGUUCCUAGCGCCCUGGGGAACAGACCGCCACACCCUUCUAUCCGGACUGCACUACCUCCCACAGGCGACUUCGUGCCGAUGUCACCUCUCAUCGAGCAAGCGUCACAAAAGAGUGGCGAGCUUGGUUCGUCCUCUGAAAACCGGCAUUCGUCGUCGGUGCACCUCGAUACUUCUCGUUCGUCACACGAAGCAUCAAGAUCUCCGAGACCUUCAUCCAUUUUCGACGCUAAUCCUUCCUCCGCUGGCAGUCCCGUUCGUCGCUCAGAUUCGUGGUGGUCCAAGCUCUCUGCGAACUCCCUUCUCAAUCGGAACAGCAGCGCCAAUAAAGGCGGAUUCUUCGAGUUCCGUGAUCCUAAUCCUCCGCCACGUCUUAACCCAAUCGAAGAGUCACUCUAUUCCAAAUCACCAGAAUCGCCGACGUCGAAGUCGAACAGCAGGCAGGCAUCGGGAGAUACUGGUAUCCCUGUUCGUCGUCAACAAUCGAUCUACGCAGCCUAUGGCCACGGAAAAUCAGUAUCGUCCCUUCAGACGGCCAAUUCUGAGACUAUCGAACGUGCGGUGGGGUCGAUGGCGAUCGUCCAGCGCGACGCUACGAUGGACUCGCAGUCUACACAGAGCCCGUUCGGGGAUGAUUUCGGAGAAGUGGCGGGACUUAGCCGGGCUGGCACUGGUACUGGUGGCUCUAGAGACAGGCUGAAGCUCGUGAGGAACGAUCCGUCGCAGAUCUCUGAAAUCUCGAGGACGGAUAGCGAACAGACUUCUGGGACGCAAGGGACGGAUGAACCUCCACCACCACCCCCACUUGUUACCUCUCCACUCGACAUCAACGUUCAGAACCACUCCGCGUUCGCUCGUCAGCCCUCGGCUUUCGAUCAUCCCUUGGCUCCGUCCGGACCAAGGCAACUAUCGACCUAUCAACCUAGUUCUGUAGCUGGACCGUCCUCGUCUCUCAUCAACGCAGGCCCUACUUCUCCUGGAGUGAGAGAUAGGGCGAGAGCGUAUGAGAGACGGUUGUCACAUGAGGUCCCGAAGAGCCCGCCUCCCUUGACCAAUACGAAGAGGUAUGAGGAGAGGGUGGGGCCGAGGCCGGUUGUGAGGUAUGGGUUGGUGCCGAAGCCUGCGUUGUUUGUUGCUAAUCCGGAUGGGAGGAAUGUGUCGACGGAUACGUUGGCGGGAGGUGGGAAGUGAUCUUUUCUGUCUUUCUUGUUUCUAGGCAUCUGCCUCGCAUACACGCGUGUAUCCGUCGUCUCCUUCAUCCUGCUUCACAUCCACAUCUAGACCUCAUCUGUCUGCCCUUUUUAGCUUUGCGAUCUUGUUCUGUUGACUGACCUUUACGCUGUUUGCUUGUUUCUUCUUCUUUUUUAUGGUUUUAUUGUUGCGGGCUAUGCUUAUUCGUUCUUUUCGACCGUUGACGAACUCUUCAUGACACGUUCACGACUCUUGCUGUCUUUGCUUCCGCUUUAUAUCCCUACUAUUAUCCUCUUGACCCCCGAGUCCGUGACUGUGACUGUUUGACCACCUACUAGCAUGAUACCUUACGAUCAUUGUACGAUCUAUUCUUCCUAUAUUUUUUUUUUCAAAUCUUGUGUGGGCUUUGGCUGUGCUGAUAUUGUGUAUGUAGGACUCGUUACUGUACAAUGCUGGACUGUUACUUGCUUACUGUGUUUACCCCUCUCUC